UACAAUUUCUAAGCAUUUUACAGUAACAACGGUGGCGGGUAUCUCGGAUUCAAAACUGGAUUAUCGGAUUCCACAAACCCAACUAUAUAAAGCACACGGAACUGGGAAUAAAACUCAAACCCAAAUACUAACACUCUCCAAUUGCAUCUCCAAUUUUGAACUCCAUAUUACUAACUUCAUAUUUUGGUACUCUAACUCUUCUUUAAUUAGGAAAAUGCCAGACGUUCAAGCCCUUGUUAAUGGAUUUGUGAAUCUGCUCAAGAAGCGUAAAAUUGAAGGGUCUCAGGCCACAGCGAAGCAGACAGCAGAGUUGCUCCGGUCUGUGAUAUCACAGCAGCGGGUGCCACACACAAACCAGGCCACAUCUCUGAUUAAUGCAGUAAGGGCUGUGGGGGAGAAGAUUAUUGAUGCUAAUCCUAUUGAGUUAUCUGUGGGAAAUAUCGUGAGGCGGGUUCUUCACAUUAUAAGGGAGGAGGAUCUUUCCCUUGUUACAGAUGCUUUGGCUGGUUCUGGAAGUGAUGAUGAAGAUGAUGUCGAGCGAGAUGAUUAUCCUGCGUUAUCUGCUGCUGCUGUUGCAGCUGCUGCAAGAAGCACCUUGCGUCCACCCUCAUUACAAACUCUUCUAGAGGAUGUGACCGAUUCAGCUGCCGUUCCACCAACUCCUUCCUCGACGGGUGACUCUGAUGGGAAAAGUAGAUCUGUUGAAAAGGGUACAAGAGGUCGGAAGUUGAAGCAUGAUGUCAUUGAAGCAGUCAAUGAACUUAUUCAAGACAUAACCUCUUGCCAUGAACAAAUAGCAGAACAAGCAGUAGAGCAUAUUCAUCAAAAGUUCGUUUCAUCCGAAACUACUCACAGACAUGUUUAUCUCUUGCUACUUUAAAAUGCUUGUUUCAGAACAUGCCAUUAUAAGAUCCCAAAAAGCAGAUUGAUCUGAGAUUCAAAACUUAAGAGGAAAAACAUAUUUACAUGUCAAUCUAUUUUUCCAAGACGUAAUCUUUUCUUUUAUCAUCAAUGAUAAGACAGUUGGUCUUCUUAUCACUGGUCAUAAAUACGCAUUGGUAAAGGGUUCCAGCACCCAAGAAUUCUCUUUGGUUAAAUGAAAGCUUGUC